GAAGCUAGGGGAAAGAUGGCUGCGGUUAUCUCACUGAGGGGUUCAUUCACUCUUGUGAGGCGUUUGGCGUCAGCACACCACUUCAAACACUGCUGCUCCAGAGUUCGACCAGCCUGCCUCGAGCGCAUCCCCCAUGCCUUCCCCAUUACACCCAGCCCCCACCGGCACUUCCAGACCACCUGCGCGGCCGCUGGUCCGGUUUUACAGUUCAAACUGUCCGAUAUUGGCGAGGGCAUCCGGGAAGUCACGGUGAAGGAAUGGUACGUUAAGGAGGGUGAUAAAGUGUCCCAGUUCGACAGCAUCUGUGAGGUGCAGAGUGACAAGGCUUCUGUCACCAUCACGAGUCGCUACGAUGGCGUCAUCAAGAAGAUCUACUACGAGAUUGAGGACAUCGCACUGGUGGGGACGCCACUGGUAGACAUUGAGACUGACGCAGGGGAAGAAACGGCUCAUGAGGAGGAUGUGCUGGAGACUCCGGCUGUGUCCCAUGAGGAACACACACAUCAGCAAAUCAAAGGACACAAGACACAAGCCACACCAGCUGUACGACGCCUCGCCAUGGAGAACAAUAUUAAGCUGAGCGAGGUGGUGGGUACGGGUAAAGAUGGCCGUAUCCUGAAGGAGGACAUCUUGAAUUACCUGGCGCGCCAGACGGGUGCCAUCUUGCCCCCCGCUCCCUUCCAGGAGAUCCAGCCGCCGCCCCCACGCACCCCCACCCCGCGCCCAGCCUCCCCUACCCCUCCACAGACAGCAGCCACACCCGCCUUCCCCAAGCCUGUCUUUACCGGCAAGGACCGCACAGAGCCCCUCAAAGGGUUCCACAAGGCUAUGGUGAGGACGAUGACGGCUGCCCUGAAGAUUCCGCACUUUGGCUACUGUGACGAGGUGGACCUGACUCAGCUGACGCGCCUCCGGGCGGAGCUUAAAGCCGUCUCCCAAUCACGCGGCGUCAAGCUCAGCUUCAUGCCCUUCUUCAUCAAGGCAGCGUCUCUGGGUCUCUUCCACUUCCCCAUCCUCAACGCGUCCCUGGAUGAAGCCUGCCAGAACAUCACCUACAAGGCAUCCCACAACAUCGGCUUGGCCAUGGAUACGGCCCAGGGGCUGCUGGUCCCCAAUGUGAAGAAUGUUCAGAUGCUGAGUGUGUUUGAGAUCGCGGCGGAGCUGAACCGGCUCCACAACCUGGGCCUGUCCGGACAGCUCAGCACACAAGACCUCACCGGAGGAACCUUCACACUCUCCAACAUCGGAUCGAUCGGGGGCACCUAUGCCAAGCCUGUGAUUCUGCCUCCUGAGGUGGCCAUCGGAGCUCUGGGGAAAGUCCAGGUGCUGCCACGGUUUGGCCCUAAUGACUCUAUCGUGAAGGCACACAUCAUGCAGGUGAGCUGGUCAGCUGACCACCGCAUCAUCGACGGGGCGACCAUGUGCCGCUUCUCCAACCUGUGGAAGUCGUACCUGGAGAACCCGGCCAGCAUGAUCCUGGACCUCAAAUGAGGACCGCACACCGCUGUGGACCUCCAAGGAGGACCCCUUGCUCCAUCACAACAAUGGACCUGCCCACCUCCCCCAUCCCCCUGUUCAGUCUCCUCACCCCAACCCGCCCACCUCACCCCCGUCCCAGUCGCAACGCACCACCAGCCACCAUGCUGCUGAUCCUCCAAACACCCCCCCCCCCCCCCCUCUUCCCCCUCACCCCCCCUGGACCACAACCUGUGUCCCACCCCCUCCUCAUGUCUAUCAGUAAUGUAUGCAAGACUUGGGGCAGAUGGAAGGGUGCGUGUGUGCUCAUCUCUGAACAACCCCUUCUCUCCCUGGGCAUGCCCAGUACUGAGCCCCUAACUGGGCAUGGUCCGUAGAGGCCUUUUCUUUUUCUUUUCUUUUUGUCUUUUCUGGUUGUCGUGUUGCCAUUCUUUUGCCCCCCCCCUGUGCCCCUAGAAAACAUUCUUAGGACCUCUGUGCCCACCUUUUAAACAUUGUAAUUUCCUGUGCCGAACUCUAAUGCCCUCUAUGCCCUUUUGAAGAAUUCCAAUACCCCCAUGUGCCCAUGUCAAACAUUCAAAUGCCCCCUGUGCCCAUUUAAGUGUUCUCAUGCCCUCUGAUCUAUUUAGGCCAGUCGUCACCUAGUCCCUCUAGAGGGGUUGCGAGUGAGAGAGUGAGAGAGUGAGAUGAAUAGGUGAUGAUAUUGUAUGAUAUGAGUGAAUGAUUAGAUGUGCAUGAUAUGCCGAUAUGAAUGGGAAAGUGCCUCAGCAGCAUCAGUAGUGGCGAUGGCAGUGUGGUUAUCUUUACAUCUGGAUGUUUACUUCACCAGACAGCUCUGAUUGGGCAGUUGGAAAGGGCGGCUCUCAUUGGCCCAGAUUGUUAUUCCUUCUGUUCUAGAAUUCUGCUAGCCCCACAAAUCCUCAAGAGCACCGUCUCCCUGUGGAAAUGUGCUGGGUUACUGGGUGUUCCUUUUAAACCGUCACUAUGGCUCUUUCUCAAUGCCCAGGGCGUGAAACGCCCAGUGAUUGGAUACUCUUUGGUGAACUCCGCGGAGUAUCCAAUCACUAGGCGUUUCACGUCCUAGCAAGGAUAGAACACUUGACAUUGAGAUGGGGCCUAUCUCUGCUGUAGAAAUGUAUAUGGGGCUAUUGGGUAUUCCUUUAUACUGUAGCCUCUGCUGCCCCCGUGUGGUGAGGAGUGUAUUUCCUGACGCCUUAAAGCUCCCCAGCACCGAUCUCCAUUAGAGAGAGGGGUCGCAUAGCAUAGCCACGUAGAGCUGUCUAAAGGGACCUGUGCAUAUGCGAAUGUUAAGGUCCGAUUGUGUUUUCCUUUCCUUUGCCCCUGUCUGUAGCCCCGGGGUUCUGACUUGCACAAGGGAGUGAACGCCUCGACGCUAUUGGAGGAAGCGUUUAGGGGUAACCAUGGUGACAUAUGGACUAAGUGAAAGCAUUUUUUUCUGUGUUUGGGUGUUUGGUGCUAAUCUUCUGGGAAGACCUGAAGAGGCCAACUCUACCCACUUUCUGGGUUAGGCAAGUGGCCUACUCUACCCAAUGGCUGGGUUAGACAAGUGGCCUACUCUUCUCUCCUCUGGUUUGCUAUCUGCUUUUGUCUUUAUAGAGGUAUCAUGUGAUGGGAUUGCUAGGCCUGUAGUAGCCUAUAGGUCUGUAUACCUGUAGAUCUCUGACAGCUAAGGGCUUAUGGGUCCUAUACUGUAUAUCCUGUACGUAGGGAGUCACUGCUACUGGUAGAGGAUGUGUGUGUGUUUUGUUACACUGUGUGUGUCACUGUCACAUACUACUCUGCCUCUUCUGUGUGUGUGAAUGUGUGCGUGUGUGUGUGGAUCUUGGAAAAACGUUUUAAUAAAAGUCGACCUUUCUGUGA